CAGCUCACACAUCGAGCUUCCCUCCAGUGCGUCAGAUUUGACAGCAGAAGCUACGCAGCCAAGUUUAUUGGAAGUUUUUGCACAGCCAGCGAACACCUACAACUCAAUCUGUGGUGUGAAUUUGAGAGGUUUCGAUCAAGAUGGUUUUGCUGACAAUGAUCGCUCGGGUAGCAGAUGGACUGCCGCUUGCUGCAUCGAUGCAAGAAGACGAGCAGGUUUGAAUGAACAAAAUGUGUUUCCUAGUUAACGUUAGCCCUCGAUCAUGACUCAGUGUCAGUAUACUACACGUAAGUCAUUGGACGAAGGCGUCUUCUGUAUGGGGGUGUUUUUUUAAGAGCCCGGUCGCUCAAUCUGAACAUUAACACACGUCGUUUGCGGAACGGUUUUGGAAGCAUAAGGACCUUGUCUUUCAUAUCAGCUAGAAAUAAUAAUAAUAAUAAUAAUAAUAAAAGGUUAAAUUGAUACACACCUUGAUAGGGUUAGUGUUCCCACAUGUCCAUGGUACAGCACUUGUUUACUGAAAACAUACUGAAUUAGAUAACUAGCUAAUUAAAGUUAGCUAGUUAUCUAGCAUGCUCUGAACACCUGUGUGUAAGUGUGACUCGGGACGUGUAGUGGAAGUGUAGGAAGCUGUAUGGAUCUCUACUAAACUGCUACAGUAAGUGUAUCUUUUUAUUUGAAUGAUUCUUUGUUGCUGAUGAAAGAUAAGGGCCAUAUGUUUCGAAAGCAAUAUUGCAAGCAAUGAUUAUUGACGUUUCUAAACGUUAAAACACAGUGUUGGGAUUGUAGUUAACCUGAACCAGUCGUCGGUGAAGCUAAUGGCUGAGAACUGUAGUGAGAAGGCAGAAUGCUACCUAGAGUUUGAGAGCUAUACUAUACAGUUUAUUUGGAAAGUAUUCAGACCCCUUCAGUUUUUCAAAAUGUUGUUACAUUACAGCCUUAUUCUAAAAUGGAUCCCAAUUUUUUCCCCCCUCAAUCUACACACAAUACCCCAUAAUGAGGGCUCUCUGAGUUUGGUUUCAGGAAAAUAACCUCUCACUCAAUGUCAACAAAACAAAGGAGAUGAUCGUGGACUUCAGGAAACAGCAGAGGGAUUACCCCCCUAUCCACAUCGACGGGACAGCAGUGGAGAAGGUGGAAAGUUUUAAGUUCCUCGGCGUACAUAUCACUGACAACCUGAAAUGGUCCACCCACACAGACAGUGUGGUGAAGAAGGCGCAACAGCGUCUCUUCAACCUCAGGAGGCUGAAGAAAUUUGACCUGUCACCUAAAACCCUCACAAACUUUUACACAUGCACAAUUGAGAGCAUCUUGUCGGCUGUAUCACCGCCUGGUACGGCAACUGCACCGCCCACAACCGCAGGGCUCUCCAGAGGGUGGUGUUGGCUGCACAACGCAUCACCGGGGGCAAACUACCUGCCCUCCAGGACACUUCCAGCACCCGAUAUCACAGGAAGGCAAAAAAGAUAAUCAAGGACAACUACCACCCGAGCCACUGCCUGUUCACCUCGCUAUCAUCCAGAAGGCGAGGUCAGUACAGGUGCAUCAAAGCUGGGACCGAGAGACUGAAAAACAGUUUCUAUCUCAAGGCCAUCAGACUGUUAAACAGCCAUCACUAGCACAGAGAGGCUGCUGCCUACAUACAGACUUGAAAAUCACUGGCCACUUUUUAAUAAAUGGAACACUAGUCACUUUAAUAAUGCCACUUUAAAAAUGUUUACAUAUCUUGCAUUACCCAUUUCAUAUGUAUAUACUGUAUUCUAUACUAUCUAUUGCAUCUUAGACUAUGCCGCUCUGACGAUGACAUUGCUCAUCCAUAUAUUUAUAUAUUCUUAUUCCAUUCCUUUACUUAGAUUUGUGUGUAUUAGGUAUUUGUUGUGGAGCUGUUAGAUAUUACUUGCUAGAUAUUGCUGCACUGUCAGAACUAGAAGCACAAGCAUUUCACUACACUCGCAAUAACAUCCGCUAACCAUGUGUAUGUGAUCAAUAAAUGUGAUUUGAUUUUGACAAAGCAGAAUGUUUUUUUUAUUGCAAAUGUAUUAAAAUUAAAAAUCACUUAUUUACAUAAGUAUACCCUCAGAGCACAAACCAAGCCAUGAAGUCGACGUAAUUGUCCGUAGAGCUCCGAUACAGGAUUGUGUCGAGGCACAGAUCUGGGGAAGGGUACCAAAAAAUGUCUGCAGCAUUGAAGAUCCCCAAGAACAGUGGCCUCAUCAUUCUUAAAUGGAAGAAGUUUGGAACCACCAAGACUCUUCCUGGAGCUGGUCGCCCGGCCAAACUGAGCAAUCGGGGGAGAAGGGCCUUGGUCAGGGAAGUGACCAAGAACCCAAUGGUCACUCUGACAGAGCUCCAGAGUUCCUCUGUGGCGAUGGGAGAACCUUCCAAAAGGAAACCAUCUCUGCAGCACUCCACCAAUCAGGCCUUUAUGGUAGAGUGGCCAGACGGAAGGAAGCCACUCCUCCGUUAAAGGCACAUGACAGCCCGCUUGGAGUUUGCCAAAAGGCACCUAAAGAACUCUCAGACCAUGAGAAACAAGAUUCUCUGGUCUGAUGAAAUGAUGAAACCAAGAUUGAACUCUUUGGCCUGAAUGCCAAGCAUCAUGUCCAGAGGAAACCAGGUACCGCUCAUCACCUGGCCAAUACCAUCCCUACGGUGAAGCAUGGUGGAGGCAGCAUCAUGCUGUGGGGAUGUUUUUCAGCGGCAGGGACUGGAACACCAGUCAGGAUCGAGGGAAAGAUGAACAGAGAAAAGUACAGAGAGAUCCUUGAUGAGAACCUGCUCCAGAGAGCUCAGGUCCUCAGACUGGGGCGAAGGUUCACCUUCCAACAGGACAACGACCCUAAGCACACAGCCAAGACAACACAGGAGUGGCAAUCAAUUUUAGAAUAAGGCUGUAAGGUAACGAAAAGGUGAAGGGGUCUGAAUACUUUCUGAAUGCACUGUACAUACACAAGUAUGUGGACACCCCUUCAAAUGAGUGGAUUCGGUUAUUUCAGACACAUCCGUUGCUGACAGGUGUAAAAUCGAGCACACAGCCAUGCAUUCUCCAUAGACAAACAUUGGCAGUAGAAUGGCCUUACUGAAGAGCUCCAUGACUUUCAACGUGGCACAGUCAUAGGAUGCCACAUUUCCAACAAGUCAGUUAGUGAAAUUUCUGCCCUGCUAGAGCUGCCCCGGUCAAUUGUAAGUGCUGUUAUUGUGAAGUGGAAAUGUCUAGGAGCGACAACGGCUCAGCCACGAAGUGGUAAGCCACACAAGCUCACAGAACGGGACCGGUGAGUGCUGAAGCUCGUAGCGCAUACAAACCAUCUGUCGUCGUUUGCAACACUCUCUACAGAGUUCCAAUCUGCCUCUGGAAGCAACGUCAGUACAAGAACUGUUCGUCGGGAACUUCAUAAAAUGGGUUUCCAUGGCCGAGCAGCCGCACACAAGCCUAAGAUCACAAUACGCAAUGCCAAGCGUCGGCUGGAGUGGUGUAAAGCUCGCCACCAUUGGACUCUGGAGCAGGGGGAAACGCAUUCUCUGGAGUGAUGAUUCAUGCUUCACCAUCUGGCAGUCCGACAGGACGAAUCUGGUUUUGGUGGAUGCCAGGAGAACACUACCUGCCCCAAUGCAUAGCGCCAACUGUAAAGUUUGGAGGAGGAAUAAUGGUCUGGGGCUGUUUUUCAUGGUUCGGGCUAGGCCCCUUAGUUCCAGUGAAGGGAAAUCUUAAUGCUACAGCAUAAAAUGACAUUCUAGACAAUUCUGUGCUCCCAAUUUUGUGUCAACAGUUUGGGGAAGGCCUUUUCCUGUUUCAGCAUGACAAUGCCCCCAUGCACAAAGCGAGGUCCAUACAGAAAUGGUUUGUCUAUCGGUGCGGAAGAACUUCACUGGCCUGUACAGAGCCCUGACCUCAACCCCAUCUAACACCUUUGGGAUGAAUUGGAACGCCGACUGCGAGAUAGGCCUAUUCGCCCAACAUCAGUGCCCGACCUCACUAAUGCUCUUGUGGCUGAAUGGAAGCAAGUCCCCGCAGCAAUGUUCCAACAUCUAGUGGAAACCCUUCCCAGAAGAGUGGCGGCUGUUAUAGCAGCAAAGGGGGGAACAACUCCAUAUUAAUGCCCAUGAUUUUGGAAUGAGGUGUUCGACAAGCAGGUGUCCACAUACUUUUGGUCAUGUGGUGUAUUUUAGUAGGCUAUACGUAAAGAUCAGAUUAAAUUGAGAAUAGUCUGAGAAUAUUAUCAAGUUGUUGUCAAAUUGUGAAUUAGAGACCUGAAGUGUGUGCAGAUGUUCGACGAGCAGGUGUCCACAUACCUUUGGUCAUGUAGCAUACUUCCUAGCUAACUAACUUAAUCAUGUUUGUCAAGUUAGCAAGGCUGUUACAUCAUUCUGCUGAAUACUACUAGCUAACAUUUAUAUUUACCAUUUGCAUUCUAUCAGAUAAAGUGUUACUGUUUGUUAUAACUGCAAAAAUGUGUGAUUUUUAUACCCUUUUUAUCUCGGCUAUGUUUAGUCAGGAAGAGACUUGCAACACUACCAGAGCCAGGCUAAGCAGCUGUGUCGUAAACUCAAUGCCCAGAGCCCCAACAGAUGUACCCUGGAGGCUGGGGUCAUGUCCUUCCAGUAAGUAUUGUUAGAAGUGGAUUUUCUUAAUAUAUUACGUUUUGUAUAUCUUUUACAUUGAUCUGAAAUAAUAUCAGUCCCUACUGCAUCCAGAGUGAUAUUGUUGCGGAAGGUUACUACACUGAUCAAAAAAUAUAAACGCAACAUGUAAAGUGUUGGUUUCAUGAGCUGAAAUAAAAAAAUCCCGCACAAAAAGCUUAUUUUUCUCAAAUUUUGUGCACAAAUUUGUUUACAUCCCAGUUAGUGAUCAUUUCUCCUUCGCCAAGAUAAUCCAUCCACCUGACAGGUGUGGCAUAUGAAGAAGCUGAUUAAACAGCAUGAUCAUUAUACAGUGUGCUGGGGACAAUAAAAGGCCACUUGAAAAUGUGCAGUUUUGUCACACAACACAAUGCCACAGAUGUCUCAAGUUUUGAGGGUGCGUGCAAUUGGCAUGCUGACUGCAGGAAUGUCCACCAGAGCUGUUGCCAGAUAAUUGAAUGUUCAUUUCUCUACCAUAAACUGCCUCUAACGUUGUUUUGGAGAAUUUGGCAGUACGUCCAACCGGCUUCACAACCGCAGACCACGCACGCGUAACCACGCCAGCCCAGGACCUCCUCCACAUCCGGCUUCUUCACCUGCGGGAUCGUCUGAGGGGGGUUGCUGAGGAGUAUUUCUGUCUGUAAUAAAGCCCUUUUGUUGAGAAAAAUAUAUUCUGAUUGGCUGGACCUGGCUCCCCAGUGGAUGGGCCUGGCUGCCAAGUGGGUGGGCCUAUGCCCUCCCAGGCACACCCAUGGCUGUGCCCCUGCCCAGUCAUGUGAAAUCCAUAGAUUAGGGCCUAAUGAAUUUAUUUCAAUUGACUGAUUUCCUUAUAUGAGCUGUAACUCCAGUAAAAUCUUUGAAAUGGUUGUUUAUAUUUUUGUUCAGUAUAAUAAGCUAAUGAAGAUGAAUUUCUCUUUCACACUCACAACCAAUUGUAUCAAGGUUGGAUGGACUAGACACACACACACACACUCUACAGGCUCACCUAGGCUGAACAUGCAAAAUGGUGCUUAUUAAUUGAGUAACUAUUGAUUGUAACCCAUGAUAACUAACCAACUAAUAACCGGGCUGAUGAGGCCUUAAGAACACAUCCUUGUUUAAACAUUAAUAACCAGCAUAAUACUAAAAACACUAACACUUAGUAACAAAGCAACACGUGUGCUGACAUUUUCCAGACAUGAUUAAUCUUCUAUGUACAAAUGUCAUUAAUAUUUUGCAAACGGCCUACCCACCGUUCUAUAUUUACCAAUCAAGUAGCGGUCUUGUGUGACAAUCAAAGGAGGAACUCUCUAGGACCUCCUCCUGAAUCUGUGUUUAUAAUACUGUCGUCAUCAUCAUUGUGUAUUUUUGUGGUGUUAAAGAAGUUAGGGAUGUUCCGAUUGUGACCUCGCCCUUCUUUUAGUAUGCACUCUGCAGUUUGUCUGCUGUGUCAUUCAGGGCCCAGAGUUUUUCGUUUGUAAACUAGGCAAGACUGGUAACGUGGUAAGGACUAACUCUGGAGACUUGCCCUUUUUACGAUAACUCCCUAGACUGUCACUGGACGGAUGAUGUGGGUCCGUGUGAAAAUCUCAAUCAAGCUUCACUUUAACUCUGUUACUUUCCACUAACAUACUAAUGUCUGUCUCCCCAGCUAUGUAAUAGAACCUGGCGUGUGCUACUUGUCUGUCUCCCCAGCUAUGUAAUAGAACAUGGCGUGUCCUACUUGUCUGUCUCCCCAGCUAUGUAAUAGAACAUGGCGUGUGCUACUUGUCUCCCCAGCUAUGUAAUAGAACCUGGUGUGUGCUACUUGUCUGUCUCCCCAGCUAUGUAAUAGAACAUGGCGUUUCCUACUUGUCUAUCUCCCCAGCUGUGUAAUAGAACCUGGUGUGUGCUACUUGUCUGUCUCCCCAGCUGUGUAAUAGAACAUGGCGUGUGCUACUUGUCUGACUCCCCAGCUAUGUAAUAGAACCUGGUGUGUCCUACUUGUGUCUCCCCAGCUAUGUAAUAGAACAUGGCGUGUCCUACUUGUCUGUCUCCCCAGCUAUGUAAUAGAACCUGGUGUGUCCUACUUGUGUCUCCCCAGCUAUGUAAUAGAACAUGGCGUGUCCUACUUGUCUGUCUCCCCAGCUAUGUAAUAGAACAUGGCGUGUCCUACUUGUCUGUCUCCCCAGCUAUGUAAUAGAACAUGGCGUGUCCUACUUGUCUGUCUCCCCAGCUAUGUAAUAGAACAUGGCGUGUCCUACUUGUCUGUCUCCCCAGCUAUGUAAUAGAACAUGGCGUGUCCUACUUGUCUGUCUCCCCAGCUAUGUAAUAGAACAUGGCGUGUACUACUUGUCUGUCUCCCCAGCUAUGUAGUAGAACAUGGUGUGUCCUACUUGUCUGUCUCCCCAGCUAUGUAAUAGAACAGGGCGUGUCCUACUUGUCUGUUUCCCCAGCUAUGUAAUAGAACAUGGCAUGUGCUAUUUGUCUGUCUCCCCAGCUAUGUAAUAGAACAUGGCGUGUGCUACUUGGCCUUGUGUGAAGCUGUGUUUCCCAAGAAGCUGGUCUUUGGGUACCUGGAAGACCUCCAGACAGAAUUCCAUGAGCAGCAUGGAAAGAAAGUUCCCACAGUCUCCAGGCCGUACUCUUUCAUUGAGUUUGGUGAGAGGUUUUCUUUUUUCACCCAUAAUCGUCCCAUUAAGACAUCCCAGGCAAACAAAAAUAAUUUGAGAAGCAAGGGGUGCAUCAUAAUUCCUUUCCUUAAUCCACACUGAUGUAAAUACCAACAACUAACAGUUAAAGUCUGGCAAAAGCAAAUUCCUCGCUAUAUUGCGUUCCCCCAUCCCAUGUUUUUCAAUGUGCCGUUGAGCAAGGUAACUAACCCUAAUUGCUCCUGUAAAUUGCUCUGGAUAAGAGCGUCUGCUAAAUGACUUAAUGGAAUUGAGAUGCACCAUAAACCAACACUUAGUGUGUAAUUACAUGUCAUCCUUCCCUCUGUCCUCAGACACGUACAUCCAGAAGACAAAAAAAAACUACAUUGACAGCAGGGCACGGAGGAACCUGGGCAGCAUCAACACAGAACUGCAGGACGUCCAGCGGAUCAUGGUGGCAAACAUUGAAGAGGUCCUGCAACGAGGAGAGGCCCUAUCGGGUAAUUAUAAUAAUCAUACCUCGUACAGUACACAGCCCUGGCAUCAGACCUGCCAUACAGACAUAAAAUACACAUAAAUAAUUUAAAAGGGAUAGUUCACCCCAAAAUCAAAGUUUGUCAGAUGAUUUCAUACAUAACGUUAUCUAAAAUGGAGCUGGGUCCAUAUUCCGUGACAUCAGUUGAACCACAAUAUAUAUUAAAGGGCAACCACCACAUUUAUACAUCAGUUAUCUCCAGCACAAUAACAGUUUCAGCAUGUGAAAAGUGCACAUUUCUAAGUUUUGUAGAAAAAAUGUUUAGUUAAAGUUCUACCCGAUGACAUCAUCAGAAGUUAAAACAGUGAUUUUCCAAACACUGAGAUUCGCAGUUACGUGGUGAGCAAGAAAAUACGCUACCUUGUAUUUGAAACUUGUUGCACAUUUAGAAAAUCAGUUAUUUACUUUUAAUCCUACUCUGAUGUCACAGAGAAGCAUUUUUUUUAGGACCUUAUCUUUUUAACCACAUAAUAGAACCGUGCUGUUUUCACACAUGUAUACACAGGUUUUGAGCAGGAGAUGGUGGUUGAAAAGUAGCAGAAUUGCCCUUUUUCCAUCUUUCCCAUUAAUUUACGAUUGAAGCAUGCAUACAUACACGGUUAGAUAUAAUGCAGCUAUUGGUUACAUUACGGUCCUAAAUAUUCAUCUCUCAUUUUUUCCCUCCAGCUCUCGACACCAAAGCCAGCAAUCUGUCCAGCCUUUCAAAGAAGUACCGCAGCGAUGCCAAGUACCUCAACACCCGAUCCACCUAUGCCAAGAUAGCAGCUGGGGCAGUCUUCUUCAUUACACUUAUCGUCUAUGUGCGUUUCUGGUGGAUC